AUGGAAGACGACCCGAUAAACAUCGACGGGGUCACUAAGUUAGAUGUCCCAGAAGACGAACUCUACUAUAUGAGUUGGUCCCCGGAAAAGCGCCUGAACGUCAAGGCAGGCGAACGCGUUCUACAACAGAUUCGGGACGAUCCAGGACUCGUCACCGCCCAGCUACGAGACGCUUGGACUGCCGCGCGUGUAAGCGCGAGCGACGCUGGAAGUGCCGGGCAAGCAUUCGCGGAAGUCGUGAAGAACAUGUGGUGGGCGUUUGGGGUAUGUCAACAAUAUAAGGACCACAAGUUAAGCCUUGAAGCCUGGUCGCGCAUGUACGAUGCUGGGCUUCCCGACCUGGUGCUGGAUAUAAUCAUGGCGACGGACUUUUGGACUUUGCCGCAGUCCAAUGCGGUCGGGCAUCUAUUCGAUAUUCAUACACGGAUUGCAUGGUCGAGCCAGCACUCGUAUCAGCCUUUUCGCCAGCGGGUGCUCUCCCAUUCGGACGCCCUUUGGACCGCUAUGUGGAAUAAUAGAGACAUCAUUGCGAGCUGGCACUCGGACAAGCCUCCUGUAGCCAAUCUCCAAGAGCACCCUUCUGUUCAGGCGCUCGUGAUUUACUUUGUUCUGUACAGGCAGACUGAGACGCCCCUUGCACCUUCUUCACACAUGCCACACUUCUCCUUGCACGCCUGGACAACUGCGAAGUGCCGAUCCAUGUAUUUCGAUACCGUAUAUCUAUGCGACGACGGGGUGAUAGGACCCACCCUCCGCAACCCGACGUUCAUCGACGAGGCAAUCAUCGACGGUAUUGGUAUUGGCCCCUGUUAUGCGCGUUUGGCGGACCUUCUUCGUGGGGAGGGCCCAUGGCAAUGGGAUCGCCCUGACGAAGUCGAGCGCGCCCUUAAUUUCUUCGAUAGUCUACUGCACGUGGACACACCAGAGCACCGGGAGCUCGUCGUUGGCGCUGGGCGCCAUCGCAUACCUCAUCUUGUAGCAACGAUCGCGAAGAAGUACGCGCUAUCUGGCGGGCUUCGCACUUACCCGCGCUUUUACAACUUCGCGUUCUCCAUCAUAGCCAAAGCAAUACAGUAUGAUCUGAUAAUGCGGUCAUCGUCUGAGCGGAUGGAAUCACUUGUGGUACCGGGCGAGGACCUCAUCCUCAUCCUCUCAUGCUCCAUCGACGUUCUUGCGGUCCACGGCAACGACGAGUCUACUCUAGACAAGGCCCGUCCCGCCUACGACUCCGUCAAAGAGGGACUUCUGGUUUGCGUGCAGGCGUACUACGACUGGGCCUUGAAGAUCAAGGGACAGCCCCGCGGCACUACUACCGCACUCGAAAGAGACUUGCUGUGCGGUCUGCAGCGAGGCGCUCAGGAACACUGGUGGCCCAGUCUGCGCGCACUCACGGCCGCAAAGCGCCGUUGCGAAGGGAGAAACAAGGACAUGGCCAAGUUCGGUACGCUCUGGAAGGGAUUCGGCGCGCUUCUGGGAUGCAACAUCAAACGCGAACGCGACCGAGAUGCGUCUGAGGCCGCGAAUCGCUGUGUGCGAAUCGAGUGCGAGUAUCAUCGGAAGCCGGCAGAAAAGCGCCUUUUGCGGUGCAAGGGCUGUGGUGUGUUUUAUUGCAGUCGUGAUUGUCAAGUCGCGUUCGUGUUUAUUGAAGACAUUGGAUAUGCCGACUGA